AUGAUAUGCGCGAAUUGGCGAGUCGUGCGUGUUCUGUGGAAGAAUACCACCAUGAGUGGAGUGAAACGUAAAGCAUGCGUGAGAGAGGAAAUAUCACCAAUCAUCCCAAGCAAACAUGGACGACGUUCUCGUAAUGUUAGGGAAGAAUUGCAUGAUUUGCGACAGUGUGCCGAAUUGGUGGAUGCUUUACGUAGUUACAGGACUGCCGAUAAUCGAAUACUGUGUGAAAGUUUCAUCCGUGCACCAUCUCGCCGCACGGAUCCAAAGUAUUUUGAUGUUGUCACGCAUCCGAUUGAUUUAACAAGAAUUCAGCAGAAAAUUAAAACCGAAGAAUACAGUUCUGUGGAAGAUCUUUCUGCAGAUGUCCGUCUCUUGGUCAAUAAUAAUAAAACUUAUUACAAGGAAGGCAGUCAAGAGUACAAAGAUGCUUGUGAAUUAUGGGAAUUAUUUGAGUCACACAGGAAAGAAAUGCUUGGGAAUGCUUCUGUUGCAAAAAUGGAAGAACACCAAAAGAAUAAAACAGUUGAGGCAAAACGGGACGUGGUGUCAGUUGAUUUACUGGAAGAAAUUAUUGUUUGUACUUUGGAGCUCACGGAUGAAACUGGUCGAUUGCUUAGUCCACCCUUCCGUGUUUUACUAUCUCAAGAAGAAUUCCCUACUUAUUAUGAUCGAAUCAAAAAACCUAUUGAUCUCAAACAAAUAACGAUAAAAAUUCGUUCUGGUGAAUACCGCACUUGGCAACAAUUUGAUGCGGAUUUUCGAUUAAUGUGUAAAAAUGCAAAAGCCUUCAACGAAUUGGGUUCAGUGAUUAGUAAGGAUGCUUCUAUGUUGUUGAAAAAUUAUAUGAAACGUAAGGCAGAAUUAUGUAAUUCCAAACACAAACCGCUGACAAUUAAAAGGAUCAGUGCAAAUAAACAAGUUUUGGAUGAACUUUUAGCCCAAAACGCUACAGUUAAUUCGAGUGAAGAAUAUUCAGAAGAUUCCGAAGAAGACGAAGAUUCGGAACACAGCAGUGAACCAAAAUGGAUAUUGUAUUGGACAAUUCGUAAUGAACCCAAUCCAGUUGAUCCGGAAACUAAUCUGGCAGAUCCAUUUUUGGAAUUACCCAGCAAAAGCUGGUAUCCAGAUUAUUUUGACGAAAUUUCGGACCCAAUGUCUCUUUUUAUGAUAAACAAAAAGCUAAAACGUGAUGAGUAUCAUACACUGGAAGAACUUCUGAAGGAUAUUGUGUUGGUUUUUGAAAAUGCCAAAACCUACAAUGUUGAAGGUUCAGAUAUUUAUGAAGCAGCAGCAAAAUUGGAAAGGUUGGCAAGAUCAAAGACUCGAGCGUUACUAAAAACUAUUAAAGUAAAUGAAGUUGAAGAAAGGAUAUCGGAUAAAAGUGCACAAUCGCCGACUGUCACACGAUCUGUUUGGAAAAAGCUGCGGAAAAUAGAGGGAUCAACAUCUAUGCAAGUUGCAUGUUCAGGCCCAGAGCCGGAAUCAUUUGCUAUUUCAGCAUCGAACGUUGAGGGCUCUGAGUUUAAAAGACGGGGAAGUAGCCGAGGAUGGAGUAAUGAAAUGCAAGCAGUUUUUCGAAAGAAACUGACAAUUUUGUGGAACACUGUUUACGAUCAUAUGGAUGGUAAACGGCGUAUUGCUACUGCUUUUAUGUUUCUACCAUCGAGAAAAGAUUAUCCAGAAUAUUACAGUUAUAUUGAAAAACCGAUUGACUUAACUACGAUCAAGCAUAAAAUUGAAACUGACCAGUACACUUCAAUAAGUGAUUUCAUGAAAGAUAUGGAUUUGCUUGUUCAUAAUGCUUGGGAUUUCAAUGAACCUGGUUCGCAAAUUUAUCGCGAUGCAACAACCCUACAGUCUGUUGUGCGCAAUGCGCUUAGUGGGAUUCCAGGCUUGCCAGUGUCCAACUUCAAGCACUGUAAAAGCAAAGUUGGAUUGUUGAAGUCGAAUUUACCAUCGAAGAGGCAUAAACAACAUGGCAGUGGUGGUGAAAGUAGCAAAUGUAACGAUAUUGAUUUGGAGGGUGACCUUUCUCGUGGCUCAAAUUUGUCGGUAUCAGAGGCCUUUCUUCCACAUAUGCGUCUUUCGGACAACCUUCGUCCUGCUUCACCUUCUUGUAGUGCUAUAUUUACGGACAGGGCGCCUGCAGUAUCACCUAUGAAUUUUACUAAAACGGGCCGUGGUACUCCGCGAAGAAUGCUUGGACCCACUUCUGAAUUGGAGUUUGAUAAGAUCAAAUUGUACGAAUUGUACAAUCUCAUAAGGAAUUACAAAGAUGAACGCGGGCGUGAACUGUCACUUCCAUUUUUACAGUUGCCAUCGAAAUUUGAUUAUCCGGAUUAUUAUGAUGUAAUCCGUAGACCAAUUGAUCUUACAAAAAUCCGGAAUCGAAUCACAUCAAAUUACUACGAUUCAACCGAUGCUUUAAUUAGUGAUUUCAAUUUAAUGUUCGAUAACGCUUGCCGUUACAAUGAACCGGAGAGUAUGAUUUAUAAGGAUGCACUUUCACUGCAAAAAUUAAUUCUGUUGAAAAGGCGCGAUUUAUGCAAAAAUACCGCAUCAGCAAUAAAUGUACAGUCGGAAGUUCAAGCUCUUCUUGCCUCAAUUCUUAUUUCAGUUAAUAAUCAUCAGGACUCUGAUGGCCGGUGCUUCUCGGAUUCGUUGGCUGAUUUACCGGGGAUGUUACGAAGAAAAGGAAUAGAUUCAGUGAAUAUUCCAUUCUCCAUUGAUGAAAUGAAAAGAAGUGUAGAUAAGGGUCGUUAUCGUCGAUUAGAUAAGUUUCAAGACGACCUCUUUUUUUUAUUCAAUGCAGCAAUGGAUCAUGCUCAUUCCGAUUCUCAAGUUUUCGAAGAUACAGUUGAACUUUGGAUGUAUUAUUUGAAAACGCGUGAUGAUUUGACACGCACUACGUUACUCUCUCCUGCCCGUUGGUAUACUGAGAAGAUGCUCCUUACGCAUGUAGAUAAUAUUCGGAAACGUAAAUUAAUGGAAGAAGCGAAAGAUGAUGAGGAAAAUAAAAAAUCUGAGACAUUGGGACCAAAAGCGGAUGGUGAUAUUGACCUAGGUUCAACUGGACAAGGUGGAAUCAUUUAUCGGGUAAAUGAUUAUGCAUAUGUAGCACCAAGUGAAGAAACAGUGUCGCAGCGGCAUAUUAUGAGGAUUGAACGAUUAUAUCGUGAUAGCGACGGACAAACAUUUGCACGUGGCACGUGGUGCUAUCGGCCGGAAGAGACCUUUCAUUUAGCUACUCGAAAAUUUUGUGAAAAUGAAGUAUUUCUUACGUCCUACUAUGAUACCGUGACGGUGGAUCGCCUCAUAGGAAAAUGUCAUGUUAUGCCAGUUCGACAGUUUAUGAGGCAAAAACCAAAAGGCUUUGAAGAUAGCGAUAUAUAUGUUUGUGAAUGUCGUUAUAUGGGUCGACAGCUGCAUUUUAAGAAAUUGAAACAUUGGCCAUACCGUCCGGAAGACGAGAAAGUGGAAUAUGUGAAACGCGAGAAACCUUUAACAGUGUUGAAACGCGUCACAUCAGUGUUUGCAAGCAGAAAAACAUUUCAAACUCAUCCGGGCGCGUUGAUUGGCGUAAACGACGACGAAUCCGUUGAUUCAACUUCAUCUUUGGAAGACGAUCGUUUGAAAAAAUUACCAGCAGUAUUGGAAAAGCAAAGAGUGGAAGUUAUAUGUAGUGACGCGCCAGAAGGUAUCAAUAAAUCGAUGGUCUUUUAUGAACAAAUGCAGUAUAACGAUCGUUGGUAUCAGCUAGGAGAUUUCGUUUACGUAUAUAAUCCACUGAAAAAUCGAAAUGCAAUAUUACGAGUUGAUAAACUGUGGAGAACAGUUGAGGGUGAUGGGUUUUUCUCUGGGCCGUAUUUCGCACGUCCUCGUGAAAUUAAGCACGAACCAGCACGGAUGUUUUAUAAGCAAGAAGUUUUUGCCGUUGAUCAGCCGGAUAUUACUAUCCCAUUGGAAAAUGUUCAAGGAUUUUGCACAGUCAUGACAGUCAAAGAAUACACCAAAGGGCGACCAACUGAAAUUGAUGAAUCUGAUAUAUACGUUGUGGAAAGCAAAGUACGAGGUUACGAAGAUGGUGGGAAACGGUGCAGUUUAACAGGUUAUAAACCGUCGCAUUAUAUGUCGAGAAAUGUUUCGCAAAACGAUGCAAAUGACUGUACGGUAUUACCAAUAAAUGAGCAAAAGACAAAAGAUGAUGUGGACCAAUUAUUAUCGAGCGAAGUAACGAAGACAGAAGAUUUCCACUCGAAUGUUCCAUCUACUUCAAAAGGUAUUGUCGAACAGGCUGGUACAGUGACGAAACUAGGAACUAUAUCGACAUCGUUUUCGAGUAUCUCGGUAGAUGAUGAUAGCAGUAGUGGGUCGAAUCAAGUUGCAGGCACCAUACGUAACUUACCUACUAUCGAUCAAGAGGAACCAAUGAAUGAUGCGUAUGCCAAGAAGCUGAAACACUCCCUGAAGACUUACAACUUAUCAUCGGAAGUCCUGGAACCGGAAAUUUAUUAUUUCAAAACUCCAAUCACUAUGGAAAAGGAGAUGUCACCUUUAUUAAUGCAUGCUGCAAAUUCUUCGGUGCCAAUGGAGCCGUUGGAUGAUAUGGAUGAAACAGCUUCGGAAUCAAAUGACGGCACAGAACAUACAUCUGCAACUACUGCUACUCCUGGGAAGGAAUUGGUGACGUGGUUAGCAGCACAGCCAAAACUUAAUGCGCGAUCCAAAAGUGGUUAUAUCUUGUUUUCGGCUGAAGUCCGAAAAAAGGUGAUGCAAGAAAAUCCGGAUGCUGGUUUUGGUGAAGUUAGCAAAAUUGUAGGCAUUGAGUGGAAGAAACUGUCAGAAGAACAGAAAAAACAGUAUGAAAUCAGAGCAGAAUAUAUUGCAAAUGAAAGGGCGAAGCAAGAAGCCCGUGAGCCUCCUCAUAUGCGAAUUUUGCCUGGGCAAAUUCGAGUAUAUAUGUGCAAGUGGCAGACGUGUGACUUCCAGUAUGAUAAUCCAGAAGAAUUAUAUGACCACGUAAAAACAAUCCAUACUUCCCAGAUUGUUGUUGAUGGUGAAAAUCAAUUUGUAUGUCUAUGGACAUCAUGUUUAAAAUACAGGAAAGAUGGAAAACCAUUCCCUUCUCUUCCACGUCUUCAUCGACAUAUUAAGGAGAAGCAUUUGGCAACAUCAGCGAAAUCAAUAUAUCCAAACCAGAGGAGCAAGAAUUAUAUACCGACUUAUGUGCCUGGUUCGUCUGCCUCAUCAGUUACUCCUGGAACGACAACAUUCGUAGCCGUUCAGCAACCAGCAAACGGAUCACAACAAGUUCAUCAAACUUAUACAAUUCAACAAGCGCCAUUAACCUAUGUUACUCAGGCAGUAGUUUCAACUCAUCAAAUUGUUGCAAAUGGAUAUGUGAAUGGUACAGCAGUAGCUGUAGCACCAACGGCUUAUUUGGCAGCUACACCAACCGUUGUUCAUACUAGUUCCCCACAUGGUUAUCAUCCAUAUCAACAAGUACGGCAGGUGACAACGUCAUCGACUGCCCAACCAAUUGCUGUGGCAGCACAGAACUACACAGCAGUACCACUGCAAACAGUGAGCUAUACGGCUCCAUCUACCUCACAACAGCCAUCUCCUGUUAUAACCGAUCCAGGUCGAACUAUUGUUCAAGCUCCGAAACCAGCACAACCUAUAUUUGUUGCUCCGCCGAAUACCGUACAAAUCAAGAGAGUUAUGCAUUCCGAAGUUUACCUAAAAUACAUAGAAUCUUUAUCAAGCAGCCAGCAGAAAACUGUAAGUAAAUAUAGCAGGAGUUUAUUAGCUAACCAAAGGAAUACAACGCCGUCACAGAAGAUUUCGACAACGCAAUGGCUGAAAGAAGCUAAAGACAAUGGUGUCAGGGAUGAAGAAGUGGUGAAAGCAUUAUGGCGGCUUCGGGAUGCUUUAUUAGAAAGUACGGUGAAUAUAGCACGAGAAAUGGAUUGUGCUGGUCCACUAUAA